CAUCAUCAUCGUCAUCGUCGUCGUCGUCGUUAUUAUUAUUAUUAUUUUGUUAUUUCGUAUCAUUGUACAUAUACGGUAACCUAUAUGUGUGUAUUGUAUAUAUUAUGGCCAUCGGUGUGUGUGUGUGAUAACCGCAGUGUGUCGUUCGAGUGCAGUCAGUAGUUGACGUUCAAUAGUGUUCAACAUCUUAUGUCGGUUUUCCUUGGCCGUCCAUUCCGGCUGCUGCUCAAGACCGCCGCCGCCGCCGUCUUAUCUGUCAACAAAUUACUAUUACUAUUUUAUAUUACUAACUUAUUGCUAUUAUGCGGUAAACGAAAAAAAAAAACCGUUUUGGCCCGAAAACACCAAAUUUUAUUUCCACUUGAAAUUUUCAACAAAAAAAAAAAAAACCAACCAACACACACACUUUUUAAUGGUGCUACGAUAUUAUGCCGUGCCCUUUGGCCGUUGAACGGUUCACAAUGUCGUUGACGGGUCGAACGACGACGGGCAACUCGUCGGUCGAUAACGGCCUGAUGAUAUCGUCCGGACGCCUUUAACCGCCACCGGUCGACCGCGCUAUGACCGUCGGGGUCUGGGUCCGGGGUUUUUGACCAUAGCCAUUUUUUUUGUUGUCGUCGUUUUUCCUUUUCCUUUACAAUACCACAACAACAUGUGGUGGCGUCCGUCUCGUUUGCGCGGUUAUUACGCCACCGUGUCGACCGAAGGAUCCGCCACGGGCUCGGCCGGUAACAUUUUAAUGAUGGUAGUGGCCGCGGCCGCCAAUCAAAAGAAGAGAAGGACCACGACGUUGGGAGGAAUGGCCGUGCUGACUUUGGUGUUUCUGGUGUACUACAUUUGCCUGUACUCGAAUACGUCCAAUUACGUGCUCGUAGUGCCCGCCGGCGAAGACAAUCCAAUGUCGUUGAGUCCGGCUUCGGCGUUGCACUUGACCGGCGACAAACGUUUGGCGAAAAAUGCCGGUAGCUCAAAGAACGAAGUUGGGAAUAAAAUGGGCAACGCAUCGACUCCGGCGAAAAAAAUCGGAGCAGCUACAACCACUGCCGAAAUUUACGAUCGAGGGUUUCGGAUCGACGGUCGAGGUAUAUGUACCGAAAAUACUCGGUUGUUGAUAAUUAUCACGAGCAGUGCGGCGUCCAGUCAUGCGGCAAAUCGAAGAGCAAUUCGCAUGACUUGGAUGUCCAGGUACGGCGGUCACGUAUCGACAGUGUUUCUACUUGGCACGCCCAACAAAUCCGACGGCAAGAAAUCCGACAAGAGCAAAGAGGAAAAUAAAAAUGAAAAUGAAUUUUCGGAUUACUUUUCUCCUAUUGCCGACGAUAGUUUGUAUCAAACUAGCCCUUUGAAUGUAUCGAUUUCCGCCGGCUCCUCUUUGGAUAUAGAUUUGGAACUCCAGCAGAAAAUAAUCUUGGAGAACCAACGGUACGGCGAUAUUGUGCAGACAAACGUAAGAGACACCUACACGAAUUUAACGCUGAAAUCGAUCGCCGCUCUAGAAUGGACUCUGGAGUACUGCCGUUGGGCGCGAUACGUACUGAAGACCGACGACGACAUGUUUAUCGACGUUCAGCGGUUGUUGAUUUUCAUUCGGAACUUCGAGGUGCGCGAAUGGAACGACAGGAAGAAAAAACUCGACGAACAGUUGACGCAAAAAACAAAAUUAUAUUUGGAAAAACCUCAUGCAUCCAAUUUGAGUAACGCCGCCGGCUCGCUGUCGUCUCAAAUUCCACCGAUCAGCAACGAUCCCAUGAUCUGGGGCAGGCUGGCAAAGAACUGGAAGCCUAUACGACAACUAUCGUCAAAGUACUACGUCAGCCGACAGCAGUACAAGCCGGCGGUGUACCCAAACUUUUGCACCGGGCCGGCGUACCUGCUGACUCGAGGCGCCGUCGGGCCCAUUUACAAACGGGCUUUGGGCAUGGCCGACAAUCGGACGGCUUCACAGUCCAACCUCUCCAGUCCGCCGUACUUGAAGUUGGAGGACGUGUUCCUGACGGGAAUCGUCGCACAGGACUUGGGCAUACCGCGCAAGCACAACGAAGCGUUCGCCAACAAACGUCUGAGCGGACGGCAGCUGGAAAAAUCCAUUUGCUUCACGCCGACUCUGUCGAAAAUCAACAGCGAAGAGGCUUCGUUGAGCUACGGCAAAGUUCCCACGUUGAAAAAGAAGUUUGUGUCCAACAACAUAAUAUCCAUACACAUGGUGAAGUAUCACGAACAGUUUGACUUGUGGCGCAGACUGAUGGACGGACGCACAAAAUGCAAGUAAAAGGCUGAAAUUUUGGCAAUCGACCGUGGCCAGGCAUCGUACACGACAAAAGUUUUAGUUAGCGUUAAUAUUUUAGAGUAUAUAUAUAUAUAUAUAUAUAUUUGUGUUUAUUUUCCUAUAACGAUAAGACAACGGACAACAGUGGCCAGCGUGUUUGGAAUACAUUCGUUUGGAAAAAAAUUAUCUCAAAAUGGAAAUGCGUUCUUUCCAAACACACUGGUACAGGUUUGUCGUGGACGAAACCUAGCCGUUUAAAAUUUAAAAAGGUUUACGAUGUGGGCCAAUAACGCGUUAUUAGUAAACAAAGAAAGGUACAAGUUUGUUAUGAAUUGAUAAAAAAAAAAAAAAAAAAACCUAUGCCCCUGUAGUGAUAUUGUGUAAAGCACACACACACACACAACUAAUCUCUCUACUAGCUCUCUUCUACUAUUAAUUAAUAAUAAUAAUUAUUUUGUUUUUUUUUUAUCGCUUUAAGGUAUACAAUUUUUUACAAUCUACAGUUUGGAGUAGACAAAAAAAUGAGUAGCUAAUUGUUUUUUUUUAUAUUUUAAGUACCAUACACGGCUACGCUAUGUGUAUUAUUUAUUCUACUUGUUGUAUUUAAUUUAAACAAACAUAGCAAUAACCUAUUAUUUUCUACGUACAUUUUGAAAUACAGUAUUGGCAUGUAUACCAACUAUUAAGCUAUUCGUGUUACGUUAAACAGUAUAAAUAUAUUUAUUAAGAUACACCCCAAAGGACGUAUACGCAUUUCAAGUAGGUAGUACCUAGUAGUGAAUUUUUUUUGAAAAUUAUAUUAAGAGAGAUUACCAUGAUUAUAUUUUUUUAUCACACACCAUAUUGUAAUGUAAGUAUAUAUUGUAUAUACAAAAAAAGUUCAUAUAUAUAUAUAUUUUUUUUUUUGUUACUAAAAAUCAAAUUUUGGUUUUAUCGUCAUCACUGUUAGUUUUUAUUUUAGAGAAUUAUAUUUUAUAGAGUUUAUUGAUUUUGAAUUUUCGAUAGAAAACCUCUGUAUUUUCAAUGUUAAUAAUUUAUAUUAUAUUUUAAAAUAUUGUGUCGCGUUAGCCACUAUUGAACGCCUUCAUUAGAGUUACGUGUAUUUAUAUGUAUAUAUAUAUAUAUACAUAUAUAAAUUAUAAUGUCAAAUUUUAGUCGUAGUCAUAGUAUUAGGUAUGUUAAUGUAUGUUUUUUUUUUUACCAACCAACACGAAUCAAAAAUAUUAUACGAUAUAUAUUAUUAUUAUUGCGACGAGACAUCGUAGCGGUUGAAAUUGUUGCUGUAUUUGUAUACUAUUUUUACUGUUGAUGCGAACAAAACAAACAACUCUGUAAUAAAAACAAAUACGGUUGUAUUGUAAUACAUAUAAAUAAGUUUUUCAAUUUU